AUUUUGCUUUGAUUUCUGGACGAAUAAAAAAAUGCCGGGCGGUAUGCACGCCAGCUGUCAUUUCAUUGUCAUUUUAGGGAAAUAAAUAAAUCGUCUGUUUUUAUCAAUUUUAUGCCUUAUUUUCGCAAAUUUUUCAUUUUAAAUAGUUAUAAAUGAAGCUCCUGAAACCUAGUUGGGUCAAUCAUGACGACAAACCAAUAUUUUCGGUGGACAUCCACCCCGCUGGGAAGCGUUUCGCGACCGGCGGGCAAGGCGGGGACUCCGGCCGGGUCGUCGUGUGGAACCUUAACUCGGUUUUAUUCGAGUCAGUGGAGGUGGAUCCGAACAUCCCGAAAAUGCUUUGCCAAAUGGACAAUCACUUAGCCUGUGUAAAUUGUGUGCGAUGGAGCAACGCUGGGCGGUACCUGGCGUCCGGUGGAGAUGACCGCCUGGUCAUGGUGUGGGGGCUGAGUGUGGCUGCCGGAGCGCAGGGCAAGCACAAGGCUGAGACUUGGAGAUGCUUGUCAACGCUAAGGGGACAUGCUGGUGACGUCCUGGACUUGGCCUGGUCUCCGCUGGACAAGUGGCUGGCCAGCUGCAGUGUGGACAACACCAUCAUAAUAUGGAAUGCUGAGAAGUUUCCGGAGAUGGUCUGUGUUCUCAACGGACACACAGGUCUGGUGAAAGGCGUUGCGUGGGACCCUGUUGGCAAGUACCUAGCAUCUCAAUCAGAUGACAAGUCACUCAGGGUAUGGAAGACUGCUGACUGGGCACCAGAAACUGUAAUCACUGAACCUUUUGAGGAAUGUGGAGGAACGACACACGUCCUCCGGCUAUCAUGGUCGCCGGACGGUCAGUACGUGUUAUCGGCACACGCAAUGAAUGGCGGCGGGCCCACCGCGCAAGUGGUAGAAAGAGAUGGCUGGCGUUGCGACAAGGACUUCGUGGGACACAGGAAGGCUGUCACGUGUGCGCGAUUCAACAACAACAUAUUCGUAAAAGAAGGCAAGAAGUGCUGCUGCGCCGCAGUUGGAUCACGUGACCGGGCGCUCUCCAUCUGGCUCACGUCGCUCAAGCGGCCUCUGGUGGUCGUGCACGACCUGUUCACAGACAGCGUGUUGGACCUGUCCUGGAGCUCGGAUGGUCUAAAUCUCCUAGCGUGCAGUUCAGAUGGUACCGUGGCCUGUAUACAGUUUACUAACAAAGAAAUCGGCACACCGCUUACUAUGGAAGAGAAGAACGCAUUCUACGAGAAGAUCUACGGCAAGUGCUUAGCCAACGAAUCUGGUGCGGACUUAUCUUCCAACCUGCUGGUGGAGUGUACUGAGAUCCUGCUGGCGCGGGAGAAACAGGAGGCCAAGAGGGAAGCCCGCGAGGAGUCCACGCCUAAGAGCGACAAGUCUCAGUCGAAGCCAAUCCUGACUCCUUCGCCCGUGAGCUCGGCGAGCACGACGCUGCGGCCCAUCGACCGGCAGAUCGAGACGCGGACGUCGGACGGCAAGCGCCGCAUCACGCCCGUGUUCAUACCGCUCACGCACGCUGAUGCCAACGAGUCCCUAGGCUCCCAGCCAGGCGGCGGCGAGCACUGCUUCAGCACGUCGUCGCAGAGCAAGUCGCGCAUCCGCGUGGAGGUGCGCGCAGACAUCGUCACGCAUCCCAACGUCAGCAACCACGCCACCUCGCGCCCCGCCGACACUGGGUUAGACCAACGUCUACGCAAGCGCGGUGGCGGUGGACUACCAGGCCCGCGGGCCGCCGCGCUGCGCCCGCGACGAGACGCCUCCCCUCCCGCGCCCCCGCCUGUCUUAGCAUUACCGGCGCCCGCGCUCGGUACAGCUGGGCCUAUUGUACGAGCCGCUGGAAGCCUGAGGUUACAGGUCAUAAACAAAGCGUGCAACACACACUACGGGCCGCUAUCAAAACUACAACUGCUCCCCAACAACUCGAUCUCAAACGAUCCAGUGUGGGAAACUUAUUUGGGCUCGGCAGUGUCGUGCAUCGCGUGCGACGCGCGCUGGGCGUGCGUGGUGUGCGCGGACGGCGCGCUGCACGCCUGGCGGCUGGGACGCGCAAAACCUAUUCGUGCUCUACCUCCCAUUGCCCUAAUGUCCCCAGCAGCGAAACUAACUCUCUCGGGCGACACUCUGGCCGCGGUGACGACGGCCGCCGACCUGCUCAUCUGGGACCUCAACGACGCCACUUGCCUCGUCAAGCCGCUCAACUUCAGGAGCCUGUUGUCACACGGAGUUACGGUAACGAAUUGCACGCUGUUAGACGACGGCAACCCAAUGAUCUCGCUGAGCAACGGGAAAAGUUAUAUUUACUGCAAGAAAUUAUGUGCAUGGGUGGUGUGGUCAGACGCGACCGACCCGGUGUGGCGCGCAUCGGGCCCGCUGGCGGCGACGCGUCCGCCUUCCCAGGGCUCGCACGGUUCCUCGCAGCUGCUGUACAGGGAACACCGCACACAUUCCCAUAACGUCGCUGCCAGUGGAGCAUAUAGCGCAGGAGCGGCGCGCAGCUGGUUAGAAGCGCGAGCGGCUGCGAGCUUACACCUGCGGCGCGCGCGUGACUACCGCCACUGGCUCACGGCGCUCGUGGCGCACCUCGCGAGCCACGGCACAGAAGACCAGCUCCGGACGAUAUUGGACGACUUCCUUGGUCCCAGCCACUGCACGUCUACGCCUAAGAAAUGGCAAUCCACGAUACUGGGCAUGAACAAGCACGAAGUCCUAGAAGAGAUGCUCUCCAUCUUAGUCCGGCAGCUGCGAUGGCAACGCCUCUACACCGAGUACGCAGAUCAGCUCGGCGCGCUCGCCGUCAACGGCCACUGACGUCACGUCUAGCGGACAAUGACGUCACGUCUAGUGGGUUUUGACGUCACCUCUAGCGGCCACUGACGUUACGUCUAACAGACACUGAUGUCACCUCUAGCUUUCACUGACGCUGACUUCUAACGGACAUUGACGUCACGUCUGGUAGAUAUUGACGUCACCUCUAGCGGACAUUGACGUCACGUCCAGUGGACACUGACGUCACGUCUGGUAGAUAUUGACGUCACGUCUAGCAGACAAUGAUGUCACCUUUAGCUUUCACUGACGUUGACUUCUAAAGGACAAUGACGUCACGUCUAACGGACGUUGACGUCACGUCUGGUGGAUUUUGACGUCACCUCUAGCGGACACUGACGUCAACCUCUAGCUUUCAUUAACGUUGACUUCUAAUCUAAAUUGACGUCACGUCUGGUAGAUAUUGACGUCACCUCUAGCGGACACUGACCUCAAGUCUAGCGGACACUGUCGUCACGUCUAGCGGACAUUCCACGAAUUAAGACUCGCUCUUUCUCUCAUUAGGUAAUGAAAAGAGAUAUCAGACUACUAGGCUCUCCGGCCUGCUCUUACAUUAGGUAAAGAAAGAGACGACAUCAAACUAUUUAUGUGACAAAUAGAUUUCUUCUAUUGUGUCGUGUGAACUGAGAUCGUAAUUUUAACUUUAAAAGAUGAGCGUCUAACAAGGUGACAAUUUGUCUCGUGCCUAUAAUAAAUAAACACGUUUAGAAAACCAGUGAAACCUAUCUAUUGCGGGAAUUAGACUACAAAUAGUGUAUCUAAAGACUAAAGUCGAAAUAAAUAGAUCCCAAGGCGUAGAAAAAUAUAUUUUUGUAGCUAGCAAGUACGCUUACGUUGCCAACUUCCUAUAACUACGCCUUAUAAUUUUUGCUUUGCUAAAGUAUUUGAACUUCAAAAUAUUUAACAAUUUACUCCUUUGGUCCGACAAUUUUUACCUAUAGCUUACCAUGAGGCAGCUUUAGUGUAACAUUUAGGUAGCCAAUUAACUACAAGACACUUUGUCUUCCUCAAACUAACGUAAAUCGUAGGUUUUCGAGAAUUAAGGUAGAUAGAUUUAGAUAAAAAGUUUUAGGCCAUGUGUUGCAACUCGAAAGUGAUCAGCUAUGUAUGUAUGUGAUAAGCAAUACAGAGAAACGCUUCGUUCGCGUUGUGUAUUUAGAAAUUAUUGUAUCUAAGUGUAUUAAGAUCGACGAUAAUAUCUAGUAUACUGUAGGUAAUUUUUCAAUUACAGUCUCCUAUGGGUUCCUCCAUAACUAUGUUUCUGUAUUUUCAUAUUUCGGUAUCGCUCAUCCCGCUACGAAAGAGGGAUGCAUAAUGCAUGUAUCCGAAAAUACUAAACUUGAACUUAAUAAAAAUAAAUUUAAACUGCCCAUUUCUUUCUACGCAAUUGGCUCCGAGUUUUUGGUUUUGUACGUCGUGAGUAGUUUAAAAAGUAAUAUUUAGUCCCAUGAUGGCUCUAUUUACCGUAGGCUAGUAAUAAUUACUAUCAAUAGGAAUAUUCCUCCAAUAUAAAGAUUAAAUAAAUCGUGUUCAUAUCAGUCUUAUGAAUAUGUAUUUAGCAUAGUGCUGAUGAGUAUUUUGUAUUACCCAGUUAUCAAUAAAUGUAUGUUCUUGACAGUAAUAUAAUGAUGUAAUAUUUUGUUUUUAAUCUCCCAGAUAUUUUAUAAUUAGAGCAUUAACUAUGAUAUUUACCAACUUUUUAGGAUAGAACUGUUUUUUCAAGGCUCAGUAAGACUAAAUGUAGUGUAAGCCGAAACAUUCUACGAUUCACUGGUAUAAUAAUAUGUUUCGGGCUGUGAUUCGAGUAUUAUUUUAUGAUUCGAUUAUUUGAAUUCGACAUCGUUUUUAUAUCCUCACUCCUUCAAUCUAGUCAAAUUCAAUCGUAAUCAAAUCAUUUCUCUUAAUCGGUUGUGUUUGUAUUUCAGGCGCGUAUUGUGAAACAACACUUGAGUGAUUACAUGUGAAACCAAUCGCAUGUUCAAUUCUUGAGUUUGAAUCGGCUUUUUAGCGUUGUUUCAGAAUGCGAGCCUCAAUGCCUUUAAUUUAGUUUUUAAAAUAAGUAAUUGCUUAGUUAUUUAAAUCAUUUAUGAUAUUUUUAUUGUAUAGUAAAGAAUGUGUGGUUCUGCUAUUCCUGUAUGUGAUUUUUAAUUUAAGUUACGGUCUUCUGUAUUGGGACCAUUUAUUUUAAUGAACCGUCGCAAUGAUUUACAUUUAUGUAACCCAAUAUCUACUUAAUCCCUUGUGCUACUUGGCUGUCUCGGAGUCUGGAGCGGAUUUCAAUUGCAACACUGCCACAACAAAACAAUUCCAUAAGGGUACUACAUAUUUCUAAUAUUAUGUCCCACUGCUGGGCAAAUAUUUUUCUUAGACCAAACCUAUAAUUUAUUUGAUUUUUUUAUCAAUUUUUUGUUCAUAUUCUUCUAUGAAACAUCUUGUUUUUCUUUUAAUAGUUACUAAUAUAAAUAUUCUGUUGUUUUGUCUGCAGUUAAAAUGUGUAUUCUCUAGCUAUAACUAACCUCUAGACUCCCGCACGGUCUCAGUAGCACUUCGAUAAAGCUUAUUUUAAUUAUAUGUUCAGAAUGUAAACAUAGAACUGUCUAACAUGUACUGCCGUCUCGUGCAACUAGUUAUGAAAUUAUGUAAACUGAUAGAUAUGUAAUACAUAGUUUUUGCAUCGACACCAAUUUGUAUCUGUUAUGAAUAGAAACAAGUGUUAUUUGGUGCUCGUAACUAGAUAUUCCCGUCUAUAUACUUGUAU